GCUUUUUUAACUUUUUUUUUGUAUAUCCAACAAUAUUUGCUUUUUCAAAUUUCUCAUUUGAAAUGUCGGCCCAGCCGGUACAAGUGACAGAGGAGCUCAUUUUAGCCAAGCUCAUGGAAGUGGUCGACCAGUUCACCGAGUUGCAGGAACAAAUUGGCACGCUUCAUGGACAAAUUGGCUCACUACAUGGACAAAUUGACUUGCUUCAGGAACAAAUUGGAAAGCUUCAAGAUACUAUCACCACUUUGACCAAUGCCAACACCACAUUAACAGAAAAGCUCAGCGCAGCGACAAUAAACACGCCUGACACGCUGCCUUUACAAAUGUCUCGGGUAGAGCAGCGUUUGGAAGAUAUGAAUGCUCGGCUCUUACCCGCUAGCCAAAGACGCAAUCCUACCAAGGCCCGUAACACGGGCCGCGCCCGCAUCAACGGCUCGCUGUUGAAUUGUUAAACCAAUGUUUUUAAUCAAUAACGAAAAUGUAAUAAU